GCUCUCCGUGAUUCGGCUCUCCACGUCCUCAUGGCCCUUUGGUCCGUCAUGGAAAGCACUGGCUUGAUUCCGAAGCAGGCCUGGGAGUCCAGCGUCAGCAGGCCGUACCUGGCCGCCUCUGCCUUUGCAGGUGCAGGUGAUGCGGUCUGGAGACAGGCGUUGCGCUCCGAGGCCGCC